UGCGACGGCAAACGCAGACUACAAAAGAUAUAUGAAGCUCGCUGGUACAACUGAAUGACAUUUUUAUUUCAAUGUCCUGGCCAUUGAUGUGUAUUCUUACAGGAUUCUAGUGCAACAUGGUGGAAUGACAUUUUUGAUUACGACUUCUAAAUGGAAAACUAUCACCAGCACAACUGUCUACUUCUCUUUAUCUACGACCUUUAUUUUUUCCGGAGGACUAUCUGCUUCUUCAUCCAGGUGAAGAGCGACUCAAAAACGCAACGAUGGCUUUGGAUAUGUCGAGCACAUUUGAGGAUGUCGACGUUUCUGACAUGGCCGACUACCCUCUAGCACAUUUAACCAAAAGCGAAGCUGCCGUACUUGACUGGAGCGGGGGACAGUGCGCUGCAACCGGGAAUGAGGUCGCAGGCGAUAACUGGUGGAGCGCGGACUUCGUUAACCCCACGACUCAAGAUGCUAAUGCCCGCUUUAUCACGAAGAUACUACUGUGGACACGAAGGGAUGCUGAGAGCGAUAACAUGAAUAUUAAAGCACCUAGUUGGUUCUGAGUGGUAGACUUUGACUUGGUAGAAGAUAUUCAGGUUGAGGAGUGCCAAUAGAUGUAGUUUUCAGGACAAGGGAACAACAGCAUACACUAAUCACCUGACAGGAAAUGAGGCAAAUAACUGCUGCACUCACUUAGUCUUUUUACUCCUGGUAACUGCUCUUACUGAGUUCGUGGCACAAGGGAGCUAUGUAUGAUUUAAGUAUUAGAGUUACUUAUGAUUGUUUUGUAUUUUUGUUUCCUAGUUAGGUGUGCUCCACCUAGACUAUUAAGGUAGAAGUGCUGCCCGCUCUCAAAUGAGUCUUAAGUUUGAAGUGCCCCACCUAUUACUUAAGUUAGAACAAGUGCCCUCCUGCUUCGUAGUAGUGCUGCGUCUAACUCGGAAGCCAUCGUCGAAAUUCGUGAGUCUGCGGAUCCAACUGAAGGGUAUGCAGUCCUAAAGGAGGACUUGCCUGGUGGUGCUAGUGUGGACCCUGCGUUCGGCACUAUCGUGGAGCUGAACCGUUGGGCCUACGGAGUAAGAAUCCGUGUACAGGACGCGAGACUCUACAUCUGCGGACUACAUAUCUUUGCGGAACCUGCUGGUACUACAUAUCUUUGCAGCUCCUGCUGCGCAGCAAUUAUAUUCAUUAUAUUAUAUUUAUUAGAUUUCUAUAGUAUAGAAGAACGAGGAGCUCAAGAGCAAUUUUUAGACAAGCGAACCGAAUCUACCACUCUUUCCCAUGAUUGACAGACUGCUCUCCAGACUACUUUUCUAAUCAAAUAUUACCAGGUGUCGGUGGUCGUGCUGCUGUGA